AUGAUCGAAGUUACUAAGGAAUCUCAGAAUCAUGAAACACCAGUCGUAAUUAAUGAAAUUCAAAACUUUGUUGAGGCCCAUUGGAUACAUCUUCCCAACCAACAAAGAAUUAUCUUCAAUAAAAGCGACAAUAUAACCGAGGUGAUUACUGACCAAAAUCAACAAACAUCCCUUACUGAGUACUUCAUAACGAAUGCUCAAGAUCCAGAUGCAAGUAAUCUGCUCUAUGUUGAUUUUCCUCAACAAUAUACUUGGAAUAAGAUGAUCAAGAGAUGGAAGAAACAUCAACAUGGAAAUUGUAUUGUGAGAAUAUUUAUGGCUCAUCCGGGUGAAGGGGUCAAGAAUUUUGAGAAACUAAAGGUGGUAGAUAAUGUUUUAUGUGCCACUUUCAAGGAAAGUGCUCAACGCAGAGGUUUCCUAGAGAAUGAUGAUAAGCAUCAACAGUACAUGGCUGAAGCUAGGGAAUUUCAGAUGCCUAACCAACUAUGCAAUCUAUUCACAAUGUUAUUAGUCUUUGGAGAUAUUGCAGAUAGGGAUUCUGGAGGGUCAACUCCAAAUUCAAGCAGUCCUUCAAAGCCUGAACAUAUUUCUACAAAGACAUAUGAAGACCAAGAUCUCGCCAAAGCAAACAUAUUAAAUGAAGCUCAACCUAUGGUAUUUGAUGAGAUACUGGGCCUUAUAAACUGA